AUUAAGCAAGAAAGAAGGCUUUCCAUCUGCAUACGCAAAAAUUUAGGUGUUGCUCUUUUGCCAGACUGAUGAAUCAAAGAUCAAACACAUUAAUAUUUGCGAGCGUUCAAAACUUUGGUGCUCCAUUUGUGCAGUGUAUGCUGCCUAAUUAAUAAUUAUGUCGGACGAUAUUUAUAUCGACGUAAACUACCUUACUGAAUCAGAAAGGGAUGCCAUUCUUCAAGUACUUGCCAAGGACGAGGAACUUCGAAAACAAGAAAAACGUCGUAUAAGUGUGUUAAAGAAUGAACUCGAUGAAAUAAAGAAGAAGGGAGCGAGUAAAGAGGAACUCGAAUCAUCUCGUGUUUGUGCAAGAUGUCGAGCACCGCUUGGCUUUAUUUUGAACAGUGGAGCCCUAUGUCCAAAAUGCGAAAGCCGAGUUUGUAAAGAAUGUCGAAAAAUGACUACUGCUACGUGGCUUUGUAUUUUGUGUGCAAAGAUCAGGGAAGUAAGGGCUGAAUCUGGUGCAUGGUUUUUUGAGCAAGAGAAGAGAAAAGGGGAUAGGCCACGGCUUUUUGGCUCAGCAUUGGUGCGUGCAUCCUUUAGGAGGGCAAAACCUCAACCCCAGUCACUCAGUGAGGACCCAGGCUCUCCUCCUGUGAUCUCAUUGAACCUCAAUAAUCAUGGCAAGCUUCAUAGACCUGUCCCAGUACACAUGUCACGUUUGCCAGAAAAAGAUUUGGAAGAAGAGGAAGAAAGGAAGAAAUUGGCAGAGGUAAAUCAAAACUACAGGCAAUAUGUGAAGGCUAACAGAGUUCAACGGAAACCAGAGGAGGAUCAAAAUGAUACAGAUGAACAAGAAAAUUUGUCAUCAUCAUCUCAGAGUUCUACACCAAGAGGCUCACCAGUCAAUAUUCUAGAGAAUGGUGUUGUUGAAGUUGCUAAUCAAGAAGAGACAGUCUUUGACAAUAUGAAAAUGCAAGAUGACAGUACUACCAGAGAGAAUGAAGAAGAAGAAGAUGAGUUGCAAGAACACUAUGAGCCAGAAAUGACUGGAAGUGAUGUAAAGGAAGAUGACCUCAGUUAUAAUGGACACCAUGUGCAAAAACCUCAGGACUAUGAAGAAAAAGUGAAUGAUUGGAACAUCAAUGGGGGUGAAGAGAGUCCUGCCCUUGAUAGUGAACAGUCCAAAGAUGAUGCUGUUGUUGAAAUUAAAACAUCAUGGCAUGAGGUAGCACAUGAGUGGGGUGGAAUAGACCAGCCAGUAUCAGACACCUAUCUGCAGAACAAGUUCCUCAGUGUGAGAUCAGCUUCACCUGAUUCAGAGACCACUGGUGAAUUUUUUACUCCCCUUACCACUCCUCUACAAUCAGGACCUGGGACACCUGCUCUCUCAGAUUAUGGAGCAAGUGAAGGGAUGGGUUCAGGUUCCACAUCUGAUGUGUUUGAGGAUGCUGGAGAUGUCACACCGAUGCAAGGAGCCAGAACUCCUGUGUUAGAACUCUAUGAGGAUGACAACCCUGGGGAUGUGACUAUUAUCAACCCUGAGAUCACAUGCACAGAUCCUGAUGACGUUGUAGAGCCAGAAGAGGGUUACAGGACACCCACACAGGAGGAUGACAUUGAUCAAGCUUUUGCAAGUUAUGAACGAGAACACCCUAGUGGACAAACGAAAACACUGCAAGAGCAGCUUAACAUUCUUGCUAUGGGCAGUCGAGAGAGUAUAGUAAGUUACUACAGCGAUGCAGGCGAGGGUCGGUUUGGCAACGUAACAGUCACAGGUGAGGUGCUGUUCGGAUUGAAGUACAACAAACACAAACAGCAGCUGGAAAUUCAGAUUCACAGAGCUAAAGAUAUCGCAGCAGCAGACCUAAAGAGGGGACGGUCAGAUCCGUAUGCUAAAGUGUACCUUUUACCUGAUAAAACUAAGGGAGGCAAAAAGAAGACCAAGACAAGAAAAAAUACAUUGAAUCCAGAUUUCGACGAAAUUUUAACGUUUAAGAUUGGAUUUGAGGAGAUGUUGACACGUACCCUGUGGCUUGCAUUGUGGAAUCACGACACGUUUGGACAUAAUGAUUUCCUGGGUGAAGUGAUGUUGCCUCUUGAUACUUAUCAGGACUCAGGCUUCAGCUGGGAUGAUCCGUCACCCAACUGGUAUCCAUUACGAGAGAGACGACCAGAACCGUCCCUAAUGUCGUACUGUGGAGAUCUGACGGUGUCACUGAUGUUUGAACGACCGGAGGAGUCGUCUAAAGACAAGAAGAAAAAGAAGAAAUCCGGCGGCAAAUUACAUAUCAAGUUGAAGGAAGCACGGAACUUACCUGCCAAGGAUGCCAAUGGCUUCUCGGACCCCUUUUGUAAAAGUUACCUCUUACCAGACCAAAGCAAAAAGACCAAACACAAAACUCAGGUGGUCAAAAAGAACCUCAACCCUGUGUGGAACCACGCCUUCUGUUAUGAAAACUUGACGAUUGACGAGCUGAGGAACCGUGUCCUAGAGCUGACCGUGUGGGACUACGACCGAGGUUCCAGUAAUGAUUUUCUCGGAGGUUUGAGAUUGGGCCUUGGGAGUAAAAUAGAGUCGUGGGACGACUCGCAAGGAAUGGAACGAGAGGCGUGGCAGAUGAUGCUCGAACGACCCAAUAGUUGGCACGAAUACACCCUGAACCUGCGAUCAAGCAUGGAUAGUCAAAGCUUAGGCCACUGCAGACCAUCUCGUAUCCAGGGUCUUCACUUCUCAUUAAACCGCUGGUGGCCGGAAAUAUACUUCAAUAUGGACCACUUCACUCGCCUGCUACCGAGCUUCCCGAAAUUAUUUGACAACGAUAAAAGUGAAACAAAGUCAGAGGCGAAUCCAGAGACUGACCAGACCGACAAUAAGACCCAGACUCCCGCGGAACAACAGCCUUUGGUGCCGUCACAAGAAAAUCUUGCUUUUGAAGAAGACGAAAAACACUUGGAACCGAAAGAUACCUCAGCUGACUCAGCCUCUUCUACAUUAGAAACCACGGUGGAACCAAUGGAGAGCGAAAAAUCAUCUGACACGAAAGAGCUGGAGAAAGUAGCAGACGACUCCGGGAUUUCUGUUGAUCACGUGAAUGGAAACGACGUCAUUUCAACAAAGGAAGAGACAAAGGAAGAUGAACAUGAUCAGGGUCAUAAAGUGAAGCCUGUUCUUGAAUCCAUAAGUACAUUCGCCAUGCAAUUCAUGGAAGCCAGCGCACCCGAAAUCAAAGUGGAUAAGCCCCAGACACUGUUCUCGGUUGCAACAGAAGAUGCUGAGGAUGCUCCACCAGGGAAACCUCCCCAGUCGCCUAGGAGACACACGGAACAUAACAUUAAAAAUAGGCUACUCGAUAAGAAUUCGUUAUUACCAGAGGCAGCUCUGACCAAGAGGCGACAUAGUGAUUUUGCUGUUUCGGCUCCUCGGCCCGUUAAUGAUGAGCUGGCUACACAAGACUUGAAGAAGCGCGGUUCAGUUGGAGCAGGACAAACUACCGCAAGGAAAGGUUCUCAUCCAGACGUUAUCAGAGCUGGUCGGGGACCCCAAUGGUCACCAAGUCUCGAAAGGAAACGUCUUGAUGAGGCAAAGAAGGGGAAAAAGAAGGACGAAAGAAGGAAGACUUUAGCAGAAUUAGCUUUAGAAGCUGGUUACACACCCAACAUUGAGACAGAAACGCCUGUAUAUCACACUGGAUCGUUGCAGGUCAUCAAAGCAGAUCCAUCUAAGGGAAGUUCAGAAAGCUUAUUGAGUGAGCCUGGUGAAGAACAUUUUAGCAGUGUGCCCGUGACUGGGGAAGUGUUUGUGAGCCUGCGAUAUGAGAUGCCGUCCAAAAGGUUUGAAGUACAUGUCCUCAGCGCUAACAAUCUGUCUUCUGCUGAUGCAAAAAGAUCUUCCUCUGAUCCUUAUGUGAAGACAUACCUCCUUCCGGACAGACGGAGCAAACGCAAGACAAAAACGAAAAAAGAUACCUUAAAUCCACACUUUGAUGAAAUUUUAGAGUAUUUCAUGGGAUAUGACGAGCUACUGACACGAACAUUACAUCUGAGUGUGUGGCAUAAAAUGAUUGGACGAAACUGUUUCCUGGGUGAAAUUAAGAUCCCAAUGAACAAUUUUGUUGAAGCGGGAAAUUCCCUCGAACAACCAGUAGCUAAAUGGUUUAAUCUGACCGAGAAGACCGAUGAGAUGGAUGGUCUGCCUUCAAUUCCAUGCGAAUUAGUUUUGUCUUUGAAGUACGUUACAGCUGAUAAAGUAAAAAAGAAAGGAAGAACUAAGGGUGAAUUACAUGUACAUCUGUUGGAGGCCAGGAAUCUACCAGGAAUGGAUGCCAAUGGGAUGUCAGACCCCUACUGUAAAUGUCUUUUAUUACCAGACAAGAAAGGUAAAACUAAGCACAAGACGCCAGUGAUAAAACGGACCCUGAACCCCACCUUUGAUCACAAGUUUUCUUACGACGAGCUGUCUCCUGACGAUUUGAAGGGGAGAGUGUUGGAAAUUACUAUAUACGACUUCGAUCUCGCUUCCAGCGACGAGUUCCUCGGCGGCGUGCGGUUAGGCCUGGGCACCAGCUCUAACGAAUGGGAUGAUUCAAACGAAGACGAAAGCCAAAUAUGGCAUACGAUGCUUAAUCGGUCUAAUGUCUGGAUUCAGGUUGUUGUUCCCUUGAGGUCUACCAUGGCUUACACGAAAAAUAUGUGAAACUAUAACGAGGGAAACAGAAUGUGAAAUCCAAAUACUAAAGCUUAGAUGAAUCACAAAGCACGCUGAAUUAUUCUAAACGAAAAUGCUGACAGAAACUUUGCAAUUCACUCAAAAACGAAAAUGCGGUGAUAUAUCCUAAGGUCUUGAUUGAAAUGUAUAUAGGACCAUGGAAAUGAAAUUAUAUCAUAGUCACUUUUCAACUCCAAUAAAAACCAAAUUCAUUUUGAAAGUAUUAAAAUGAAAGAGAAUAUAUCUUACGAAUAAAACCGCAUGUAGAGUAUGAAAACCGCACAGUUGGAAGUUGUCAGCCUCUAGAACUUUUUGAUCUCUCGAGUUGAACGAUUUCCUUCCACAUACUGUAAUCAAGUCAGAUGAUUUCAUGAUGCAAGCUACCAGAAUUUAAUUAGGGAACGAUAAUAGUUUGAGAACUAUUUGUGAUCACUACUAAUGAUGAAAAUGCGUGGGGGCUUUGGAGGAAUAUUUAUAAAGGGUGGAUAGUUGUACUAGUUCGAUUUAUGAUUGCAUGCUAAAA